AUGAUAAUAUUGCCAAAUGCGACUCGUAAACUGGAUAUGAUUAAAGAUGCCAAAGAUCGAUUGAAGGAAUGGUCUGUCAACAAGUUGCUGGGGGCACUUAAUGAACGCGGUAUUGUGCUUCAUCUCGGCAUUGAGAAAGACGAGUUAAUUGACAUCGUCAUACGUAAAUGUAGAGACAUUGUCUACUGG